UCAGUAUAGUUUUUACUUUGAGUUGUCAUAGAGAUUAGAGAAUAUCUAAAAGAAGAGAGAAUGGGAUCAGUGAAGGAAGUUCAAUCGAAAGCAGAACUUGAUAAGAUUGUGGGAGAUGGCUCACCUGCUAUUUUACACUUUUGGGCAUCAUGGUGUGAAGCUUCUAAGCAUAUGGACCAAGUCUUUUCUCACCUUUCUACUGAUUUCCCACAUGCCCAUUUUCUAAGAGUUGAAGCUGAAGAACAGCCUGAGAUAUCUGAGCAACACUCUGUUUCUGCUGUUCCUUACUUUGUAUUCUUCAAGGAAGGUAAGGCUGUUGAUACGUUGGAAGGAGCGGAUCCCUCUAGUUUGGCUAACAAGGUUGCAAAAAUUGCUGGGUCAAUCACUCCUGGGGAUCCUGCUGCUCCUGCUAGCCUAGGGAUGGCUGCAGGUCCCACUGUUCUUGAAACAGUUCAGGAAUUGGCUAGAGAAAAUGGCGCUCCUCAAAAGGCGUCAAGUUCCGGUGUUGAUGAUCGACUAACUAAGCGACUUCAGCAGCUGGUUGCUUCUCACCCAGUAAUACUUUUUAUGAAAGGGACCCCUGAAGAACCCCAGUGUGGUUUUAGUCAGAAAGUUGUCGACAUCUUGAAGAAAGAGAAGGUCAAAUUUGGAAGUUUUGAUAUUCUAACGGACAAUGAGGUCCGUGAGGGGUUGAAGAAAUUUUCCAAUUGGCCGACAUAUCCUCAACUGUACUGCAAGGGUGAACUUCUUGGUGGUUGUGAUAUUGUUAUAACUAUGCAUGAGAGUGGUGAACUUACGGAAGUUUUCAAGGAUCACGGGGUUGGAAUCUCUGAUACUUUUGAAGCUAAACCAAAUAAAACUGCGGGUCCGUCUGGCUUGAGUGCUGCCCUGACUACUCGUCUUGCAGAUCUAAUCAAUUCUAGCCCAGUUAUGCUGUUUAUGAAAGGAACAGCUGAUGAACCCCGAUGUGGAUUCAGCAGAAAGGUGGUUGAUAUUCUUAAACAGGAGAAAGUAGAGUUCGAGACUUUUGACAUUCUUACUGAUGAUGAAGUCCGUCAAGGACUGAAAGUUUACUCCAAUUGGUCUAGUUAUCCGCAGCUGUACAUAAAAGGUGAACUUAUCGGUGGAUCAGACAUAGUACUGGAGAUGCAAAAAAGUGGUGAGCUUAAGAAGGUUCUAGCUGAAAAGGGGAUACACAGCCUUGAAGACCGUUUAAAGAAUCUCCUAAACUCUUCACCUGUAAUGCUGUUUAUGAAGGGUACACCAGAUUCUCCAAGGUGUGGUUUCAGCUCCAAGGUGGUAAAUGCCUUGAAGGAGGAAGGGGUUGAUUUUGGAUCCUUUGACAUUCUAUCCGACGAAGAAGUUAGGCAGGGAUUAAAGACUUUCUCCAACUGGCCGACUUAUCCACAGCUGUAUUACAAAGGGGAACUCAUAGGAGGAUGUGAUAUCGUGCUGGAAUUACAUAGUGGGGGUGAACUGAAGUCAACAUUGUCUGAAUAGAACACGCGGACCAGGUUGCGCGUAUUAUCAGGCAUAACAUGUUAGCUGAGGGUCUUACACAGUGUCAACAGGAUUUCGUGGUGUCUGAACUGUCAGAACUAUGUAUGGUCGUUGAACAAGAAUUUCGUGUUACAGUAACAUUUUUAGAUGCAGUUAUUCUAUGUUUGUGAGUCUUGGAUUUGAUCUUCA